CCAAAAUUUUUUGAAUGAAGUUUGUGUUGCAUCUAAAGGGAUUGAGGGGGGUCAUAGCGGGUUGCAGUUUAUCAACUGAGUAAGCCCUAGAUCCAAGCCCAAAGAUGUUUCCUUCUUCUUCCUCGCGCCUCUAUCUGCUCCUUCGAAGCUCUCGAUCCCCCAUCGCCCUCUUUUGCCCACUUCCUCCGCACCCGUUUCUCUCACAUCCCGCUAUUCUUUCUCCCUACGCCCGGCAUUCUCCUCUCUCCCAGUUACCAUCUCUCUCCUCCUCCUCCUCCUUCCUUUCCUUCUACACAUCAAUACCGGAAUUCUUCGACCCCAAUGAGUUCUCUUCCCUUUCUUCCGCUCCCACCCAGGAGUCCAUGAUCUAUGUCCUCAAGAAACUUGAUAAAAUGCCUCAAAAAGCACUAAAGUUCUUCAACUUCGCUACAGCCCAGUACGGUCUUGUUCCCGGUCCAUCCGCAUACAAUCUCAUGCUCCGAAUCCUCGCCCACAAGGACUACAUCACUGAUUUCUGGGCUUUCCUCAAUUCCAUGCAAGACAAUGACCAUCAGCUCGACGAAGGCACAUUCCACGUCAUUCUCGGCUACUUUAAGAAGCAAAAGCUCGUCGCUGAGAGUUUUGCCCUCACGCAGUUCUACCGUCGUGCUUCGGAGAAGUCCUCUACCGAUGCAGCUGUUAAGUCGGCAGCCAAAAUCGUUAUGGAUGCUGAAGGCUGGAGCAAGGAUGUCGAGAAGAAGGUAGAAGAUCUUAAAUUAUCUUUUUCCGAGGAGUUGGUUGCUAAGAUUCUUAGGGAGUUGCGCAAUUUUCCGCACAAAGCCCUUGGCUUUUUCACGUGGGCGUCAGGGAUUCCAAAUUACAAGCAUGGAUCGGUUGCUUACAAUGCCAUGGCCCGUGUUCUUGGACGCAGUGAAUCUGUUGGGGAAUUCUGGAGCUUGGUAAAGGGGAUGGAGAAUGAUAUGGACAUUGAUACUUAUGUGAAGGUUACAAGACAAUUUCUUAAGAGGAAGAUGAUGAAGGACGCUGUUGAAAUCUAUGAAUUCAUGAUGGAUGGACCAUACAAGCCAGCUAUUCAGGACUGUGGCAUGCUUCUGAGGCAGAUCUCUCUGAGCUCCAGUCCGGACAUGGAUUUGGUCUAUAGGGUGGUGAAGAAGUACGAGUCUGCGGGAUAUUCUUUGUCAAAAGUUGUUUAUGACGGAAUUCAUAGGUCUUUGACAAGCACUGCGAAUUUUGAGAAAGCAAUGGAGAUCAUGAAGAAGAUGAGGGAAGUAGGGUAUGAGCCAGAUAAUAUUACAUAUAGCCAGUUGGUCUAUGGGCUAUGUAAGGCAAAGAGAUUGGAUGAGGCCUGCAGAGUUCUGGAUGAGAUGGAAGAAGGGGGAUGCACUCCAGACCUGAAGACCUGGACAGUUUUGAUUCAAGGAUUGUGCUCAGCUGGUGAAGUUGACGAAGCUUUGCAGUGUUUAACAAAGAUGAUAGGGAAGAACUAUGAUGUUGAUGCUGAUCUUCUAGAUGUGUUGGUCAAAGGGUUGUGCGGUAAAAAGAGAACCAAGAGUGCUUAUACUUUGAUGGUUGAGAUGACUGAUAAUGCUAGAGUGAGGCCAUGGCAGGCCACAUACAAGUAUUUAAUUCAAGAGUUGCUGGGAGUGGGAAAGCUUGAAGAGGCCAUGAAAAUACUUACUAUGAUGAAGAAGUACAAAGUUCCACCUUUUACCGAGCCGUUUGCUGCACAUUUAUCAAAAUAUGGGACAACAGAGGACGCUAAGGAAUUUUUGAAGAUAUUGUCUGGAAAAACAUAUCCAUCUUCGGCAACGUAUCUAAGCCUGUUCAAGGCCUUCUUUGAGCAAGGUAGGUAUGCCGAAGCUCAAGAUUUACUUUUUAAAUGUCCACAUCAUAUUCGCAAGCUUGAAGAUGUAUGUCAACUUUUUGGCUCUGUAAAAGUUGAUAAUGCAACUUGAAAUGGGCGCAACCUUUUUCUAUUUAUAUUUUUAUAAUGUUAAUAUGGACUUGCUUCAAUGAAAGUUUUCACGUUGUUUUACCAGUUCUCUAUGAUGGAAAUUUUUUUGUGGUAAAAUAAAGUUUGUAUCUUUUUGCUUUCGAAGUGAAUAAUAGGUUGGUAUUGGCAUUUAUUCUUUCUAUUUAGUAGUGAGUAGAGGAUGAGUCUUUGUAUUCUUUCUUGAAGGUAUGGCCUUUUUAUUUAGGCGAU